GAUUAGUGCAAUAUAUUUCCUGGGCAUAUCUCUCUGUAAUAACUAUUUCUCUCAUUCCAAUUCUCAAUGAAAAUGUUCCUUGUCUUAGUGCAUUCAACCUAUUUGGAGACGAACUUAUAAUUCUCAAGUUAUUUUUCAUUACUUUUAUAUUUAUGUAUGUGAUGAUAAACAGUUCUGUAUACAGAAAUAAAUUUAAACCAACAAUUAAAUUAAGAAAUUUUUCUGAUUACGAAAAACAGCAUUUCAGUCGCAUUAUAAAUAUUGUUUCCAUAUUUCAGAUUGUUUCCAGUUGUAUUAUGAUAAUAACAAUGCAAACCAUAAUUGUUCUUAUAAUAUAUUACGCUUUUCAAACAGGAUAUUAUUCGUUUUAUGAAGUUGUAUUUUGCAAUAUACAGACAGGAAUUGGCACAAUUUAUGGCAUAGGUGGAUUCAUUCACAAUUGUAUAAUUAUUGGAAUAAUUAUUUACAUAAUAAUAAUCUCAUUUAUUAAUUUAUCAAAACAACAUUUGUUACUUCAAAGAAAUAACAGACAUUUAUCUCAUGAAAUAGAAUCGAUAAUAAUUUCUCAUGAUCAACUUUGGACUUUUACUAGUCACGUGAACAACGCUCACAAUUUAUCGUAUUUCGUUAAUUAUUUCUCUAUAUUGCUGGAAACAUGCUUAGCUAUUUACAGUUUAUUAUUCAUAAAAAUGAAUUAUGCUGUGACACUUGUUUUCUUCAUUGUUGCCUUAGUUUUAUGUAUAGGAUGCCUCGUUGUUGCAUAUUUAUUGUCCCGAUGUACUGCUGCUAUGCAAAACAAUUUUCAGGAUAUAAGAAGAUUUGCUGAUUGUAAUUUGGCAUUAGAGCAGAAGCUAAAAAUUUUGAAUUUUAUGAAGAGAUUCGGGAAGGCUUCGUUGCUUAUUUCUCUGAAAGAUUAUUUCAAUGUAACCAAGAAAUUUCCAAUCAAGAUGGCUAAUUGCAUACAUUCAAUAUACUCGAGCCUCUUGAAUUUGAGAAGCGUGGGAGAAGAGAAACCAAAAUGUGCCUAACCAUUUUGUGAACGUGAAGUCAUUGAUGCCUCUAACAUUCAUACUUUAUAAGAAAAAUAUCUUUUCAUAAGUUUGAUGUUAGUAUUAUAAAUCUUUAUGGAAAAAUGCGAUCUGUUGACAUUAUUCCGAAUACUAAAAAUGUAAUUUGAAAGAAAAAAUUAAUGAUUGAAAUUAAGUUCAUAGUAAAAGUAAUGUAUCGCGUAAUAUGAAAAUUUAGCAUUAAAACUUAUAGAAUAUAGUUAGAAACGUCUUUAGCACAUUUUAGUAUAAUUUGCAAUAGACAUAAAAUACACUCAAGUUGUUUAACA